UAGAAAUUGGAAAUAGAUAAGAGUCUUUGCAGUUGGCAAGUUUCAAGUUUGAGACGUUAAACCAUUUGGCCGCCGCCGAAACCGAGCAGUACCACUCUCCCUUCAAGUUGUUAUGGAGCAGCCUCAUGAUUAUCACGAGAGGAACAGGAAUCCUUUAAGAAUCACCAGAAACGCCCCAAAACGGCUGCUGCCUUCGACGGUAACUUCAUCGCAGCCGCUGCCAGUCCUUCCGGAUGAACUCCUCACAGAAAUCUUUCUGAGACUUCCGGCAAGGCUGCUUCUUAGUGUACGGAGUGUGUGCCGUUCAUGGAGAACCCUAAUUUCCAGUUCCCAAUUCGCCAACUACCAUGUUCAACGUUCAAUCACCGCCGAUCCAACCUUGGGUGGGCUCCGAUUUGUUGUUUAUCAUCAUACUUGCCACUACAGUGGAAAUUUCUCCGUACGAUGCUUGUUCGAGAACCCUUCCAAACCUACUGACGAUGCUCUCUUCCAGAUAAGCGGUUGCCACCAAAUUAUUGGCUCUUGCAAUGGAUUGAUGUGCUUGCUUGAGAAAGUUGGCACCGACUACCGUGUCAUGCUGUGGAAUCCCUGUACCGGAUUGACAUCCGAUUUGCUGGAAAUUCGGGGUUAUACCAUAUGGGCUUCCGGCUUCGGCUAUGAUCAUGAAUCCUUCCAUGAGAACGAUUCAAGAUGUUUCAUUUCGUAGAAUAUAUGGUACUAUUACAGUGUUAAAAGGGGUAUUUGUGCCUGGCACUGCCACUCUGAACUGGAUUCUUAGGCAUGACACACGGACUCUGGAUUUCUUGCUGGUUCUUUCCCUUGACUUGGUGAACGAGACUUGUACUCAGUUUUCCCUGCCCCUCAACAAUACUCAGUAUAAUAAAACCAUCUUCCCACGGUUAUGUUUGCUGAGGAACUGCCUUGCAUGUUGUUUUAAUCAUGAGAAACUUAAGUGGUCUGUGUGGGUGAUGAAGGAGUAUGGAGUGCCUCAAUCUUGGACUAAAUUGGCCAUCAUCCCCUAUCACUCCUAUCGCUCGAGUCUAUCUUCAGGUAUAUCUGAUGAUCAUUUACUGCCAUUGUAUAUCUGGGAAAAUGUUAUUAUGGCAGCUGCAUCAUAUUCAAGAAUAGUUCUUUAUAACAUGGAUAAUGGCAGCUUUAAAUUUCCUGUAUUGGAACCUACUUCUCCGUCUUACUAUUUUGGAUUGCAAGUCCAUAUUUAUCACGAAAGCUUAGUUUCACCACCAUAUCUUGGCCUUCGAAGUAGCUCAUCCCAAAUCAGGUUGAUCAAACCCUAGUAUACAAGCUGGCUUCUAAAUGGUUUGACUCUGGUCAACUCCUUUUUUUGUGUUUUGAGAGUUCAUCUGUUCUUGCUUUUCUAAUUUAGUGAUUUAUUUAUCUAAUUUUUUACAAAACUAUACUUUCUGUUAUGAUUAUUGCCCAUUUCAUAUUCACAUGCCCAAGCUGAAUUUGUAGGAAUUACCAUCAUUAUGCUUGAGAUGAAGCUCUCAUCUUAGAU